UAAAGAAAUAUUGCUAAUACAAGACUUCUACCGUUAUGGGGAGCAACAACAUGGACGAGAACAUUUUUCUUGACAUUCCAGAUGCUGUGCUAGAAGCUUUAAAUUUUGAACAAGAUGGAAGUCAAAACCACCCAAUAGGUUUUCCUGAAAUUACAGACGAAGACUUAUCAAGUGUUAUUCCUCAAGAAGAAAUGUUGAAGGGAAGAGCGCUUAAAGGGGCCAAGAAAUUUCCCUCUGAGGCAGCUGCAGUUGGAAGCAAGGGUAUUAAGCACACCGAUUUUGAACAGCCCUGCACGUCCAAAUCCCUUAUUGCCCAAAGCCCGCAACCUUUAAAGAGAGGCAAAAAAUUUCCCUCUGAGGCAGCUGCAGUCGGAAGCAAGGGUAUUAAGCACACCAAUUUUGAACAGCCCUGUACGUCUAAAUCCCUUAUUGAACAAAACCAGCCGGCAUUAAAAAAGGCCAAAAAGUCUACACCUAAAACAGCAUCCGUUUUCAGGGCGGGGAGAAAGGGGCUCAGACCCCCCGCUUUUGAACCGCCCAAAGCUACCUCUACAACUUUCAAAAACCAUGGUAAGCGAGGCGGAGGCGGUAAAGCCCCUCGUUUUCAACAGACCUAUGCCUCCCCGACCCAAUCAGCUUUAAAAAUAAACAACUCUGUAGAAGGAACCGUGUCUAGGGGUGGGUUCGAGCAGGGUGAAGAAGUUAACCCCCAAGCUCUCGGAACCCGCAAAGCCCUUGCUACAAAUAACAAUUUUCCUGUAGGGUUGGCCGCAUCAGUCGCUGCUUGUAACGAGCUGUUUAGUGUUUGUUCAUCUUUAAAGCGUUUAAUAGAUAAAAAGUUUUCAAAGCUAAUUCUUGAGGUAUUUCAAAAACAAAAUUUUCCAGAAGAAAGGGUUGUUUUAGACCAAAAAAUAGCAGACACCCGGGCAAUAAUUGAAAAGGUGGAAAGCGCGUUAAAGGGGGAAGGAAGAGGGUGACUACACAUGAAACCUAAAAAUGUAAAAAGGGGUUGGAAAAAAAAUGGAAAAAAUCUAAAAUGUUAAGAAGGCUUUUGGCAAAAAGAAUAAAAAAAUCCAAAGCUAUUUUAAAAAAACAACCCCCCAACCAAGAAAGGGAAAUAGACCCUCCCACCCCUUCUUCUUCUUCUGAAGGUCCAGAUUCCCCCGCUCCUGAUACACCACCACAGGUGUAUUUGGAGCAUGUAAGACACUGGAUAAGACCCCGAAGAGAGUUUAACGCAUAUGAAUAUUUUCAGGAAUUUCGUUUUGCUAAUUUGGACAGAGUAACGGGGUUCACAGAAGCCAUGGCGGCCAUCGACAUUGCUAUUCAAAAUUUGCUAGAUGAUAUUAAUAAUCAGGUGGGUCCUGAAGAUUUUGUACAGCUACGCUUAGAUGCCCCGGGGCUAAAUCACCCGCUCUUUUCUUUACGGAGGCCUUGGGAAAAUUUAAAUGCCAUAGAUUUUUUAAAUAACAUCGUUAAUGUGUUGCAAAGUAAUGCAGAGAUUGUGGGGUCCGGAACUUUACGCCUGGUUGUUACAAUUUUUAGAAACAGGCUUGGUGGAGUUGGGUCUGUAAGACCCCUAAAAACUAUUACGUACAGUAAAAUUAUUGAAAAAAAAAGAAAACAUUUAAUUGAUUUAAAUAAUCAGGGUAACAACUUAUGUUUUGCCGGUAGCGGGCUGGGUCUUUUAUCAGAUAAAAAACUUACAGAUGCCCAGCUGUUAGAGGGGGCCAAACACCUUCAUCAGGAGUUGGGGUUUUCGGACCAAAAAAUGAUUAGCUUGACAGACGUGAGCUCUUUCGAAGAGCUCUUGGGGGUAGCUUUUACCGUUAUGUAUUAUGAAAAUGGAAAUUGGUGUUUUUUUACUACGGGGGGUGUACAGCGUUCCCAAACUGUUUUUGUUUUGUUACAUAACAAACAUUUUUACGGUACUUUAAAUAUUAAAGCCUUUAUAGGCGCCCCGUAUUUGUGCAACUACUGUUACGCUCCCUAUAGCCACAAACACCAGCACGCCUGUAAAAACCACUGCCGUACGUGUAAUAGCGCCGAGUGCCUCGAAGUGGCCGGUGAAAAAAAAAGAUGCCCCAGCUGUAAGCUGUUUUGCAGGUCUGACGACUGUUUAGAAAGGCACAGCGCUUUGGCGACCAGCGGUAAAGUUGAUUGUAAAAACAGAAUUUUUUGCGAUAAAUGCGGCUUCUACAUGGUUAAAAAUCACCAGUGUAGAAGCAAAAAGUGUCCCCAGUGCCAUCAAAAAACCGACAACAUAGAGGGUCACGAGUGUUAUAUGCGUAAUAUUUGGUCUCCAGAAGAGGGAAAGGAUUAUGUGUUUUAUGAUUUUGAAUGUAUGCAGGAAACGGGGGUACACGUGCCAAAUUAUGUUUAUGCUUUGCAUUUAAAUAAAGAAACUAGCUGGGAAUUUAAGGGGGAAGAAUGCAUUAGCGAGUUUGUUUUAACCUUUGUAGACAAGCGCUUUAAGGGAUACACUUUUAUUGCUCAUAACGCUAAAGGUUACGAUAGUUAUUUUAUUCUGAGGCAGUUAAUUAAAGAAAAAAUGGCUGUUAGCACCGUAACGCAAGGGGGAAAACUUAUUUGCGUGACGGUGGUAAACUUAGCCAUUAAAUUUAUAGAUUCUUUAAAUUUUCUCCCCAUGAAACUUAGCAAGUUACCCAAAGCUAUGGGGUUUGAGGAAGCGAAGGGGUACUUUCCGCACUUUUUUAACACCGUUAAAAAUCAGAACUAUGUGGGACCUAUGCCCGAAAUAGAGUACUUUGGAGUAGACUACAUGAUGCCUGAAGAAAAAAAAGAAUUUUUAAACUGGUACCAGCACAAUCGCCAAAACAGCUUUGAUCUUCAAAAAGAACUACGCUAUUAUUGUCAAAAAGAUGUUGAAAUUUUGCGAGACGCUUGCGACCAGUUCAGAAACGAAGUUAUAAAAAUGACAGAAAAGCAAAUUGUUAAAAACCCCGGAAAGGAUAAUGAGGAAGUGGUUACUAAGUGUACAGAACCCUUUCAGCACCUCACAUUGGCCUCGAUUUGCAUGGCCAUGUACCGGUUUAAUUUUUUAAAGCCGCAAACCAUAGCGCUUUUGCCGUUAGACAAUUACCACAAACAGCAGAAGAGAUAUUCCACGCCGGCCAUUCAGUGGUUGAUGUACGUAACCCACACUGAAAAUAUUUACAUUCAACACGCUUUGCAGGGUGGCGGGUUUAAAACUGGGUCCUAUUUUUUGGACGGUUACGCCAUUAUAGCUGGUAAACCCACGGCCUUUGAAUUUAACGGGUGUUUUUUUCACGGGUGCCCCAUUUGCUAUUGCGAAAAUGAUUACAACCCGUGG